UGUGCCGUUGAUUGACGCACUGUUUUCUGUUCCCCGGGGCCACAGUGUUUUCUACGGGACUCAACUUCGCCGCUCACUGGACCCGCUAUGGUUGCUUGACCCGGGCUGAAACUCCAUCCGUCCGCUUCCAUCUUGCCCCGAAAACCCUUCGUACGAACUUUUCUGGAUAAACUUUUGGACUUGUUGGAUCAGUUUUAUGACCAGAACCAAGGAUGCAACCCCCACCGAGAAAGGUAAGGCUCACCCAGGAGCUGAAGCACACGCAGGCCGAGCAGAUGAGCCAGUUACAGACAAAACACCAGACAGAAUGUGAGCUGCUGGAAGACCUGAGGACCUUCAGUCAGAAGAGGGCAGCGGUAGAGCGGGACUACGCCCAGGCUCUACAGAAGUUGGCGAAUCAGUAUCUGAAGAGGGAAUGGCCGGAGAGCGUUGCAGAAAACCCAGCAGAUCACAGGAACAUGUUCUGUGUGUGGAGAGCGUACCUGGAGGGCACCGUGCAGGCCACGCAGUCCAGACUCAGCGCCUGCGAUAACUACAAGCUCCAGGUCGCAGACGCAGCCAAGACGGCGCGGCUGCAGAAGGAGCAGCAGCUCAGGAAGUGCAUUGAGCAGCUGACAGCGAUCCAGGCGGAGCUGCAGGACUCGGUGAAGGAGCUGAGCAAGAGCAGGAAGAAGUACCAGGAGGCUGAGACCAUGGCGCAGGCCGUCCGGGAGAAGACAGAGUUCGAGGCCAAAUCAAAGUUAAGUCUCUUCCAGUCGCGCUCCAGUCUCCAGAGGGCCAGUGUAAAGCUGAAAGCAAAGAGGAGUGAAUGCAACUCCAAAGCAACUCAUGCCAGAAACGACUAUCUUCUCACCCUGGCGGCCUCCAACGCUCACCUGCAGCGCUACUACAGCGCAGACCUCCUGGAUUGCAUCAAGGUGUUAGACGGUCGAAUCUACGAGCAGGUUAAAGAUUACCUGGUCUCGCUUUGUCACACUGAGCUGGAGACACAGCAGGCGGUGCACGACUCCUUCACCCAGCUGCUGAACAGCUCAGCCGGGCUUCUCCAGGAGUUCCACCAGCAGACGUUUGUGCAGAAGAAUCCUGUGUUUCAACAAGCCUCAGAUUUCCUUUAUCAUCCCGUUGACUCAGAUAAGGUGAUGGAGCUGCAGAAAGAGAGCGGAACGGCUGAGGAGCACAGCCUGGAUAAAGAGGCGAGGAAGUGGGCGAGCCGUGUAGCACGAGAAUACAAAAGCAUUAUCCACACACAGAGGGCCCUGGAGGAGUACGGAAAUCAGGAUUCGUCUGAGCAGAGUGGCGGCGAGGUGGAGACCAAGAUGGAGGUGGCGCGGCAGAGUCUUCGGCGGUCAGAGACUGUGAAAGUGAAGGCCGAGGCCCGACUGGACCUCCUGCGGCAGGCGGGAGUUGCUGUGGAAACGUGGCUGAAGAGCGCGAUGAACCAGGUGAUGGAGGAACUGGAGAACGAACGCUGGAACAACCUCAAUACCCAUGAUCCUUCACUCUCUGGAACAGCUGAUCUGGAGCGGGAAGACGAGGAGGAGACGGAGGACAGCGGUGAGGUGUUGGACGACAGCAGCUCCAGUCCCUCCAGCACCCUGAAGAACUAUCCUCUCACCUGCAAAGUGCUUUACUCCUACAAGGCGUCUCAGCCAGAUGAACUAACCAUCGAGGAACAGGAGAUCCUGGAGGUCAUCGAUGAUGGAGAUAUGGAGGACUGGCUCAAGGCCAGAAACCGCAGUGGACAGGUGGGUUAUGUCCCAGAGAAAUACCUGCAGCUGCCGUCCUCCAACAGCCUGCUGAGCAUGCUGCAGUCCCUGGCCUCGCUGGACGCCCGCUCCCACUCCUCCAGCAACUCCACCGAACCCGAGGCCGAACUGUCCGCCAGCUCCAUCAACGGAGACUCCAGCGUGUCGUUUGCGAAGGCUCUGUACGACUACGCGGGUCAAACGGCCGAAGAACUUUCGUUCCCCGAAGGCGCCAUCAUCCGCAUCCUGAGCAGAGAGACUCAUGAGGACGACGGUUUCUGGGAGGGGGAGUUUAACGGCGCCGUCGGCGUCUUUCCUGCCGUCCUGGUGGAAGAUCUCACUGGAGUCAUCGAAAACGGAGAUGGGCAGAAAGAAGCCGGCGUGCAGGCUUCCCCCUCGGCCGCGGCUCAGAGCGACCGCUUCCAGGAGGCGCCUCUCCACAGCAGCCCCCUGCAGACUCCCACCACCGCCUCUCCCGGGUCCAGUCCCUGCAGCGCCGCAGCCUCUCCCGUCGGCCGGCCGCCAUCUUACCACAACGGACACCACCGGCCACCGCCGGCGCCGCACAAGAGCCCGUAUCACAGUCCAGUUCAAGGAUCCCCUCAACCUCCUAAAUACCCAGAGAGCGGCGGCAGUGGUGGCGGUGGCGGCGGCAGUGGUGGCGGUGGCGGCGGCAGUGGUGGCGGUGGCGGUGGCAGUGGUGGCGGUGGCGGUGGCAGUGGCGGCGGCGGCGGUGGCGGCAGCAUCAGACCUGUCCGUGCAGCUCCUCCUCCCCCAAAGCAGCAUCCUCGCGGCCAGGUGAAGCGCCGCGAGGAGGUGGAGAUCACGCUGGUGUGAAAUUGCUCCGACACCGACACCCCCAAAUAAACCGGAGGACGCUUGACGCCCCGAGAGAGCCUGGAGACGUCUGAAACCUCAGCGGGUCGGAAUAACGUGCCUUUAUCGUCUGUUUUUCCUGCUCAGUUAACGCAAACGAGGAACAUCACCUGCUUUAUCUGCAUCUGGAAUAUUUACGUUACCAAAAAAAAAGACAUUUCCUUCUGGUAAAUUAAGGGAAGUUUACAGAAAAGGGAACAACUCGUGGUCAGGAGAGUGGAUUGCACUUUAAGGAACAUUUUUGAAGCCACAUUGUCUUCCUGGAGGUGAUUAGCUCCACAUAAUCCAGUGAUUUUCAGUAAGUUUGGCCUCAUUGAAACCGGUUCGCUUUAAAUUUACAAUAACUACCAAAUGCAGAAUAAGCAUCUAAAAUUUACCCUAAAGCUCGUUAGAAAAACAAAUUUAACUCCAUAAUGUUGAUUAUGUUUUAUCCUUUCAGCUUUUAAUAGUUUUAAUUGUUGAUUAUGAUGAUAUGUAAUUUAAAUUUAGACUCAACACAUAAAGUCCACAUAAAACGUUGAAGUUCGUAGUUAAAAAUGCGGCUUAGUUGCAGGCGUCAAUAUUUUUGUACAGUGCAACAGAAAAUCCUGGCUUCUCUCAUUAUAAUGCAAUUCAUUUUAUUUUCUAAUUUCUUAAAAAAUGUAAGCAUUUAAAUGCCAGCAUGCAAACGAAUCCAGAAACAGUGUCUCGUUAAAACGGCGGUUUUCUCAUUGGAAAGAAAGAAAAUGUACUAAAACAACAGAGUUUUCUUGUUAAAACAAGGAAAGGUUUUCUCAAUAAAAUGAGAAGAAGAUGUUAAAUAAAUGGCACUUGUCAAAAAUAGUAAAAAUAUCAUAAUGCAAAAGUUUUCUCGUUAAAAGAAGAAAAAAAUGUUGAAUUGAAAAAGUUUGGCGCUGUAACGAGAUAUAAAAAUACGCUCCUCUGACAGAUUUCUUGAUUUAAAAGAUAUUUUAGUUUUAUUGAGAUCAAAUAAAUCUUGUAUUAGUAUUUUGUGUUUUUAACAUUGAUUAAACCAGAAUGUUUUCUCGUUUAAAACAGAUUUUGCACAGGAAUUUAUUUCCUGGCAGUUAAGAGCUUCCGUACUCAACUCAUGACUAUUAGAGGCAGAAUUUGCUAAUGACCUCCUGUCUUCAUAUUCAUUUGAUUUCCUGCUGAAAAACAAGAUAACUUCCCCACUGUCAUUCUUUUCAAUCCCAAGCUGAUUAAUACUGUGAUAAAGAUUAAGGUUCGAUUCAUUUCAUGGAUAUGUUAUUUCUUUAUUCAUUUCAUUCAAUGUUCAAUGUCGAGGCCAUUCAGGCUUUUCUUGGCCAAAACCAUAUUUUUAAAUUCUACUUUCAACUGUUUAGUUUCAUUUUUCACAGCACAAAUAAGAUGGAAAUCUUCCUAAGUUAUAAAUCUGUCAGAAAAUUAAGUAACUACAAAGUCAUCCUCAUUUAUUUUUUAUUAAAAUACAUUAAAUGUCACACUUUUCCAUCUUACAGAUUAAAAUUAGUGGCAGGUUUAAUCAUUUAUUUCUUUUUUACAUUUUUUGCACCCAAUCAGAGCAAAUCAGAGCGAUCUUUUGCUGGUAAUUUUUUUGCGUUCCUGAUAAAGCAGCAGCUUCCUGAUCACAUGACCCGCCGAUAAAAUAAAACUCUGUCUGAUCCCGACUCCAGCACGGCCGAGGCCGGUCCUCUCCGCCUUCGACGCAUCGUAACUGCAAACGGUUACACCAACAAGGGAAAAGUGGCAAUUCUGUUUGUUUUUCUCCUUUUCAGUGACUUCCUCUUUAUAUUAUUUUAUUUUUUGGUUUUUUUAUGCCCUUGUUUUCGCUUUAGAAGCAGUUUAAGGAAUCCUGUAGUGUAAACACACACAUAGUGUAACGUCCUGUUGUUUUUGUGUCCUGAGGUCCAGAUUUAGAUGUUUUUGUGAUGUUCGGGGUUUCUUCGCAGUCUGAGGAAAGAAAAUCUGAAAUAUUUAUUUCAGGUUUGUUCAGGUCUGGAAAAGUGGAAAAAUACGAGGAAAGAAAAAAAUCUCCAGACUUUGUUUCCUAAAUGCUCAGUUUCCUUCCUUCCUUCCUUCCUUCCUUCCUUCUUUAUGCCCUCACUCUCAACCUUCUGUCUUUGUCCCUUUUUCUUUCCUUGUGUCAACUUUCUUUCCUUAACUCCCUCCUUCAAUCCUUAAUUCCAUCUAUUCUUUUCCAUCCUUCCUUCUGUCCUUUAUUCCUUCCUUGUGUCCAUUCUUCCCUCGCUCCCAGAUUCCUUCUUUGUAUCCUUUUUCCCUUCCUUUCGUUCUUGGAUCUCUCCAUCACUCCUUCCUUCCUUAUGUUUUUAUCUUUAAAAUUUUAGGAAUUAAAUCUUGAGUUCCUUUUCGAUGGAAGCCAUUCAGGAACCCUGCAGAUCAUUCAGAUUGUUCCAUCUUAACGUCUUCUGGGACCGCUAGCCACCGCUAGCCGGAGACGCCAGCAGCUACUGGCUGGAGAUGCUAGCAGGUGCUAACUGUCCCAUUUCAUAGCGAAGCACUUUCUUCACGUCUUCUUGUUCCCUCUCAGUAUUGUUGAUGUUUGAGGUUUGUUUGAAAGCCGUAUUGGUAUAAAAGCAUUUAUUUUAUCAGCUAUUAUUUAGCCUUAAAUAGCCACCGUAGUGUCUUUACUGCUUCUGUUUUUGAAACAUGAAUAGUUUACAGAAAACUUGGAGAUGGAUAUCUGUAAAAAAAAAAAAAAAAAAAAAAUUAUAGCAUUUUCUCUGUUUGUUUCAUUAGAUUCGGAAAUAAAGACCUUUUUAUUAAACAGUAGAUAAUUAGAUCAGAGGGAAAGAGAUAUCUGUCAGCCUCGUUGCUGUGUUCUCGUUGAUCUCCUUGAGAUCUGAAUGACAUCAAACUUAUUUUUGAAGUUUGCGUUUACCCUGUUGUAUUAAAAUAAAAUCAGACUGACGUCUCGUUUCCAUCAGAGACGUUGUUAUUGUUGUUGUUUUAAACCUGCUACUGGUCCUGAUUUAACGCCCGGUUCACUGAUUAAAUUCCCAUGUUUAAUGUCGGCUCUGCAGACAUUAAAUCUUCAGAUUUACACACCAGUGGAUGUUUGACUGUAUUUAUUGUGUAUAAAUAAAUGUGAAAUAAAGAUAGCUUAAACGAAA